UUUUAUUAUGGAAAAUUUCAAACAUGUAUAAAAUAGAAUAGUAUAGUGGGCCCCCGCCCCACUCCAUGUACCCAAUCUUGAUUCAUCUGCUAUACCGCCACCCUCAUUAUUUUGGAAUAAAUCGCAGACAUUAGAUCAUUUUAUCAUCACUAAAUCUUUCAGUAUGUAUCUCAAAAAGAUAAAAUUCUUUUCCUUCUAAACAUGACAAUAACGUCAUAACACCUUAAAAUUACAAUUCCUUAAUAUCAGAUAUCAAUGGUCAAAUCCCACUGAUAUAUUUCACUUUAAUAUUUACGGAGAUCUUGCCAUGUGUUAGCAUUACACACUUCCAAAUGUAAUAGUUCAUUUAAAAUUGCUGUUAUUUAAACCGCUUUUUCCUUCUUCCCAGGAGAGCGGCCCGGUCCCCGCUUUCCCCAGUGGGGCCCGGCUCGGUCCGGGAGCAGCUUUCCCUUGGGACCAGUUGCCCCGCCCAGCGACCCCGGCCCCGCCCCGGUUGUCUAGGCGACGAGGGGCCGCUCCGCUCCGGCGAGAUCAUGGCGGCGUCUGUGGGGACCACUCCCGGGGGGACGACCCCCGCGGCUAUGACCCCAGUGGGAGCCUCGCCCGAGUUGGAGAAAGAUGUUGACUUCCAGGAGCAUGAAAAGAUUCUGUCUCCAGACUUCCUUUCCGUUGACCAAAUCACUGAAAUGCUAGCAGAGGACGUAGAUGGAGUUCAACAAAAACUGGAAAAGUUUUUGAAUUUCAAAAAUCUUCAAACCUGUUUAAAGGAAGCCAUCCUACUAGAUUAUUAUGUAUCUGGAUUUUUGUGGGCUAGAGGAAUGGACUUUUCUAUUAUUCAAUAUUCAAAAUUUAUGACUUUACUAGAUAUGUUACUUCAUAAUCUUAGAACACUGCGUAUGUCAUUAGAAGACAGCUUAAAAUGGCUUGGAGAAGUUAUGGCUGAAAUAGGACCAUCCCAUUCACAAAAAAAUGAAGCAUGGAAUAUCUUUGAUGUAAAACAAGCCAAUGCUAUCAUUGAUUACUUAAAAGUCAGCUUAUUUCAACAUUACAAGCUGUAUGAGUUUCUCUUCUACUCUCCCAGGGAAGAAAUUGUGAUAGGAACUGAGCAAGUGAUAGAGAUUGUCAAGCCUUCAGGUUGCCUUUUCCCUGAUCCUCUAGAAGAAGGAAUCUCAUUUGAUAUUUACUCAACAUUCAUAGAGCCACCCCCAACACUGGAUACAGAAAUGAAGGGGCUGGAUCAAGAACAAGGCGCUGUGGAGUCCCAGCCAGAAGCCGACACUUCAGACACAGAUCUUUUAGCUGGUUUCACCAUUGAAGAUGUAAAAUCAGUGCUGGAUCAAGUCACAGAUGACGUUUUAAUCAGCAUUCAGACCGAGAUAAACGAAAAGCUGCAAAUACAGGAAGAGGCCUUUAAUGCACGAAUAGAAAAAUUGAAAAAGGCCUGAGGACUCAGUACAAGGAGAGCGAUGCUAAACUUCACAGAAACAAACAAAACCAGCCGGCAUAAUAGACUCUAGAGCAUCACAUUUCCUUCAUUUAGUUAGGAGAGGACAACCAAGCCCCGCUUUUUAUUAUCCUAAGCCUUAGAAAAGUAUUGGCCCCAAUUUUGCUAUCUCCUGUCCCAUAACAGCCUCUGAAUUUAUUGCACUGAGUGUAAUAAGAACAUUUUGUAUACAAGAGUUUGGAGAAUUAUAUGUAAAAAUACAAUUACUUUUACGAUACUCCUUUGACAUUUUGACUAAUAAAUGCUAUUCAUCUUCAAGAAGAAUGAAACUGACUUUUUUAAAUAAAGAAAAAUAAAAAUAAUUUUGCCUAUAUUGACCCAAAUGAAUGGUCAAAUUACUGUGGCCCUCAGAACAGAUACCACUACCGCACUGCUGAGGAUAAAACUCGCUAAACUCUGGCAAUUCAAAUGCAUAUACUGUGGGUUUUUUCCUUAAAUCGUUUGGUUUUCUUAUUUAAACGUUUCAGUGUGAAACCAAUUUUCUGAAAUUAUAUAAUGGAGUUUGAAGCACUUUAAUUUAUUCUGUACUGUAUUUGUUAUUUCUAAUCUUGUUACUCUCCCAGGAGAAUACGUGACCUAUAUAAAAAGAAGAAAUGUAUAAAUGGUUAUUAAAGACCAACCUAUAUAUAGAUUGUAAAAAUCUUAAAUACAAAUCAAACUCACAGAGCUCUUAAAAUUAACCAUUAUAUUGCAGUAGAACGAUUAAAAACAUCUCAAGCUUUUAAAUACCUUUAUUAAAAUAUAAUUUUAAAAGAAAAAUAUCCAUUUGCCAACUGACUGUCCCUAGUUGGACAAAUUAAAUGAAUUACUAUGUAGGCCCUUUCCAAAUUUCUUAGACUUCAGAGUAUUCUAGAAUGGAGAGCAUUGCUAAGAGGGGGACAGUUCCUUCCAGAAGUUUCCACGUUAUACCGGAACCAGAUGUACUUGCAUCUGGGUGGAACCUGGUUGAAUGUGUUCUGUCUGUGCUCUAACCUUGGGCUAUAACCUUACCUUUUCCAUCAAUAUCAAAGGGAUUGCCCCAAAGUCAUUUAGGGUAGAGACAGAUCUGACAGCAUUUGGUAAUUUUCUAACUACACUGAUCAGCAAAGUAAGAGUAGUCCUUAAGAUGAAACCAUGUGGAUUGUUCAUGCAGUUCCGAGUCUGGAAGGCCUGGAGAUGUGCUGAGCUGUGUUUCUUCCUUAGCCGUCCUUCCUCACUGAAAAUGUUGAUGGCCAUCAGAGAUGACAAGGAGGGCUUACAAGUCUUGAUUCCAUCAAGCAAUCUUUUCUCCAGGGAAAACAAAAGUGAAACUAGAAAAACCACGAAUAGGGAAUGAAGGAGCUUCUAGAAAUCACCAAACAACUUCAAGUGCAGUCAUCAGCACAGAGGGAACCUGCAUUUCUAAUAAAGAGUGCUUAUUUUGAGCAAGGGUACCAGGCAUCUGAAGCUGAAAAAACGAUAGCAGUAGGAUCCCUGAAAACUACACAGAGACCAUAUAUUAUAAGCAUUCCUAAAGUGUGCCUUUGGAGUAAGACGCCAGGGCCUGGUACUGGCUUCACCAUGUGACUUCAGAUAGGCUUCUCGACCUCUAUGUGUUCAUCUAUUAAAGGGGGAUAAUACUUAUUUUCAAGGUAGUUAUGAGGAUUCAAUAAAUUCAUAUUAAAGGAA